GCAAAAUAGUAAUCGUUCGUGCUGCACACAAUAUUAACUAAAGUGCUAAGAGUAUUUCGAAAUCAUGACCAGCUUUCCAGUAAUCCAAGUAAAAGAAGGGGAAUGGAGGUCACGAAACUUCCUCGAAGUCUUGGGAGUGAAAAUUCCAUCUUAUUUCACAACCGAUCCACAAUUACUUAGCGACUUCAUCUCGGAUUUCCAUCCGAGAGCGGACGAUGUUUUUGUGGCGUCUUAUCCAAAGUCAGGUGAGGAACUAUAAACGAGAUGUUGUAUGUUGCCUGGUACUUGUUGAGGACAGGAUUUUCAUGCUUCAUGAUGCAAACAUUUACUUGGUAAUAAAAAACCAAUGGCUUCAACAACGGUUUACCUUCGGGACUAUCACGCUAUCAGUUUAGUCUCCUUCGCUGCAGUUGUUUGAUCUUGUCACGCAGCGCGUUCUCUCUCACAAGAAAAUAGGUGAAAUGAUAAGGAGAGUAAAUACUGAUAGUGAUGUAAGUAUGGUAUUCUGACAAAACCAAACAACGGUGGCAAAGGAGACUAAAAUCAGUUAAGUGGAUCAUAGAUGUGAGCAGCUGUUUCCUAAGGGGGGAGGGGGUGGAUGGGAGGGGAGGCCUAUUGCAUAAAAUUUGAACAAACAACUGCAUAGGAGACUACAACCCCCCUAUUAUCACUUUUAUUUACCUUUAUUAUCAUUUUAUUCAUAUCUUUUGUUAAUUUUUAAAAAUUCCAAUCAGAAAACUGUUAUUAGGGACUUGUUGUUGUCUUGCAAAAUUAAGGUAAUAGUUUUUUUUUUCACAAAACAUGUUUUGUUAUCAACUAGUUUCAAAAACUUUUUUCCAGCUUCCUCAGCCUUGUUAACAUUUUGCUCGUAAUAAUUAAAGUCUUCUCUCAUACCUUAUUGAUAUAUCUCUGCACUGUAAUAAAUUGUAUCAAUUAUCCACUACAGUUGAAAUAAACUUGCUUUUGUUUGUUUAGGGACAACUUGGGUGCAAGAGAUUGUUUGGCAGAUCUUUAAUGGAGGAGAAGUGAACAGUGACUCAAUUUCUAAAAGAAUUGCAUUCCUAGAUACUCUAACUUCGCCACACUUUCCAAUACAAGUUUCAGAGAUCAACUCUUUGCCAAGUCCUCGCAUUUUUAAGACACACUUACCUUACAAAAUUAUUCCCAAAGGUGCAAGCAAUAACACCACUUGUAAAUAUAUUUACAUUGCUCGCAAUCCUAAAGAUGUUGCUGUGUCAUACUUCAAAUUCAUUACAAGCUCAAAUUUGAUUGGAAAUGGAUAUAGUGGACCCUGGGAAUUUUGUGCCAAGCUGUUCAUUGAAGGAAAUGGUGAGAUUGAAGAAACUGAAGUUUGCUGUAAUUUAAAGAGAGUUGUUAAUGUUCAUGUUUUUCUUGGCUGUGCACUCCAAUUCUUACCUCUGAACUAUGGAGAACACACUUAACUAGGUUCAUUGUGUUUGUUUAGGAGAAUAGUGUAACACCUGAGUCUUUUUUUGCUACCUACUGAAAUUUUCUUCUGCCUAUUUGUGAAGUUCAUAUUUCAGAUCACUUUUGUGUCUUGGUGUUCAAUUAGCAGAUUUGAAGAAAUUUUUUACUCAAAUUUUCUUUCAUUUGGAUUUUAGCCAACUGAAAAGGAAGAAUUUACUUCUAGACAAUAAAGGAGUACAGGAGGGUUUGUUAUACACACCCUGCCAAGAGUGACCAAACAGGAAUUUUGUCUUGAAAUAUCAAUACUUUUUUUUUCUUUUAUAGCUUUUAAAUUCUCAGAGCUAAAAUUCUAAGUAAUUUGUGGCAGAAAUAGCAGAAAAGUUUAGACAUAGAUCUAUGGAGUCAAGAAAUUAUGGGAUGGUAUUUGGCAACUGUCCUUGGGACUUUUGACCCUUGUUGUAAGUCACUCGCAAAGAACAGGAACAACAACUUCUUUUUUUACUUUGAAAUGGAAAUACUUGUUCUGAAUGAAAUUUUUUUUCUCUAUGUUAUAAUCAGUUGGAUUUAACCAUUGGAAUGACCAUGUUCUGGGCUGGUGGGAGCAGAAAGAUGAUCCGAACAUCUUGUUUCUCAAAUAUGAAGAUAUGCACAAGGUUUGUUGGCUCCUAAAUCGUUACAGUGAUUUAAAUUCAGAUAGGCUAGUUCACGUAGUUUGUUUCCUAAUUUAAGGAACCGAUUGAAAAAAAAAAUAUGAUUUAAGACCCUAUUACGGAAACCGAAAGAGGAAAAUCCAAAAAUAUUUUGCGAAUCCCAAAAAAUAUUAAGAAUCGAUAUCUUUUUGACAAAUCGCUUUUGAAAAGUUUGUCAAAUCGAGAAAACAGUUUCAAAUCAUGGUUUAAUUUAUACAUCCACAAAUAACUUUUAUGAAAAUCGAAAAUAAUUUACAAUCUAAGAAUCUUUCCAAAAUCCAGAAAAUUUUUUGCUGAUCGAGAAAAAUAUUUUGUCGCAUGACACUUGCGCCUGUGGUCGGCACUUUGUCACGAUACAGCACAGUGUGUCGCACUAGGUUGCACUAGGUCGACUUAGAGUAACUACGCGAACGGACCAAAUUGUACCAAGUGUGUUGCGAUGUUCUGCUACAAAUGGGGAAGAGAAUUUGUGAGUAAUUUGCUAUUCUUAUUUAAAACUUGUUUAAAACUUGUAUUAAAAACUUGUUUAAACAAAUGUGAUCAAAUCUGCUUUAGGAUCUUCUUUCCCAUGUUAGAAUAAUCGCCAACUUCCUCAACAAGUCGCUGUCAGAGGAUGUCCUCUGUCGCAUUGCUAAACAGUGCAGUUUCAGUGGAAUGAAGAAAAAUGCUUCAAGUUACGCGUUCAGCGAUGGUGGGACUUCGCUGCUACGAAAAGGCGUGGUAGGAGACUCGAAUAAUUACUUUACUCCAGAGCUAACUGAGAGAUUUGAGCGGGAAGUGUUGGCAAAAUUACAUGGAAGCGGAUUGGAGUUUGAAUUUGAGAUAUAAUCUCUAUAAACAAUACCAUGUUCUUUCCAAAUAAUUUUGCGGAGAACGAAUGUUUCAGAAUGAAAACUGAUGUUCAAGUGGCCUGUGAAGCAGACAUUUGGCGAGAAUAUGAGUGACACGCGACACGAGGGAGAACGCCUCGCUCGCGUGUGCUGGUCCUAAAUCACUCGCGCCUACAUAAAUCGCGCGUCUGUCUCGAAUAUUCCCUAACCAUUUAGUGGAAUACUGAAUAAUUAAGAAAAAGAAAUGACUUAUUUCUAAGAUACGUCUCUGGAUAAUCCAUAGUCAUUUAAUAGACCCACGUUGCAUAACUAAAUUCUUAUUAAAUUUAAAACAAAUCUCAGAACAUUAUUAGUUAUGAACAGCCUAGUUUGUUUAUUUGUUACACCCAUUCUGAAAUCACUGGUGGUCCCUGUAAUCUGAUUGGCUCUAAUUGGUGCGAUUCAUUCACGAAUCGCACCAUUUUUUGCUUUAAAUCGCAUCUUUUCCCCAGCCAAUGAGGGGGCUACACUAAAAACAAAACAACCAAUCAGAUUUCAAGGAUUGUUUAAAGUAACCAAUUUAAUUGCAGGAAAAUGAAAGACAAAGAGUAUCGUCGCAAAUUUUGCAACUUUUGUUUCCAAAACUCUUAUUCUUCAUCCCCCCCCUCUCAAAAAAAAAAGGAUGAAUUUAAUUUCUAACCGGCUCGGUACUGCAUCAAUAAAAUGUUUUAACUUACCAAGUCCCGUAUUUGGGUGAUUUCAAAAUGGAUGUAAUAAAAUGGUAAUUGAACCUCAUGUCGUGCAAUUUUGGUUUGAAUUCAUACUUGUGAUUUCAAAUCGAAUGAGCGGUUCAAUUACCCUUAUUAAUCGCAUGUGCUGUGGGGUAAUUGCGGUCAAAUUUCAGUCUCCACCUGUUUCCCUCGUGGACACUCUCUCAAAAACGCGCGACAUAAUUCGAUAUGAUUAAUUUAUUUUUUAAAUCAGUCUCAUAUGAGUUCAUCACAAGUGCAAUACAGACUAAUACAUAUCUUAGUACGAUGAUUUAUCGUCUGAGAGACCCAAAUUUUAAAACACUUCUACCUUGUUCCUAGCCUCAUUCAGACUUGCGUUGUUUUCUGAUAUGUAACUGACUGUAAUAUUUCAAUCCUUCAGUAAUUAUUGAUAGCCUCCCUUUAAAUUACAGGUAAUGUUUUGUGGAAAAUAAAUAAAUAAAAUAGUAUAAAUGUUAUUGCGAAUCAGUACACUAAUCAAGCGUCUUCCUUAAAUUCUACAACGUAUAAAAAUUUGCUGCGAUG